AUGGCGACAAAUUGCUCAAAGCGUGAAGAGUCAGCGAGUACUAAGACGGAAGAGGUUACAGACAACGCACAGGCUAAAGUGGAUGUGGAGAAGAACAAAUGCUGCGAGAAAAUGGAGGCUGAUGACAUCCUAGUCGAUAAUACUGACGCAGAGACAAAAACGAUGAAGGAGGAGACUGGUAGUAUAAAGGUGGAGAAGAGUCGCAUUGAGGCGGAAGCAUUUGUUGAUGGCGACAAGAAGCCAAAAAAUGAGGAGAUACUGAAGAAUAAAAAAAAAAAACUUUUAAAAUCGACAAACAAGGAACAGAACACACAACGCAUUGAUAGAAAUGUUAAGCAGGACAGUGUAAGCAGGCAGCAAGAGAGAGAAGAUGACCGCUCCCAUAUUCGACGCAAGUCCGUUAGUUGUGACAUAGAUUCAUGGGACUUAAUUAAAUGGGAUGUCAACGCUGGUGGAGAGGUGUAUGCAGGACAGAAGAUUGGAUGUGCAGGGCGUCUGGAAGAAGGCACGCAGAGACUGAUCCAGGCCCCGUGCAAUGGACGACUGUAUUUUCUGACCAAGGAUCAGUCGGAUAAGUUUUUGAUCAAUUAUGACAAAGCUGUAGAGACUGUUAGACGGACAGUGGCUUUUGUUGAGUAUUGUGUUCACCCUGUACGAAACGGUCGUACUUGUUUAAUGUGCCUGGCAGUUGUGGAGGACAACGAAGAAAACGAAGACACGGGGAGUGUGAGUGUGGUGUCUCAUGGUCAAGUAAUUCGACUGAAUGCCGAGGAAGCACGAAAAUUUGACUCGGAUAAUAUUCGGCGUCAGCUUGGUGCGAAGAAAUUGUCGCUGGUGCUUGAUCUUGAUCACACGUUGCUGCAUGCUGUGCGUGUUGAUGACGUCACAGAAAAAAUUAUUCAAUCAGAUGAUAUAUACUUCUUCUUUAUUCCGGGCCUUGCACAGCAGCACGUAGUAAAGCUUCGCCCUGGAUUGGCCGACUUUCUGACAAACCUUUCAGCGCUGUACGAUCUAUUCAUUUACACCCAUGGCACGAGACUUUACGCGGAGCAGAUUGUUAAGAUCAUCGAUCCGCAUGAAACCUAUUUCAAAAACCGUAUUGUAGCACGCACAGACAUUCCCGAUAUGCCUCACAAGUCGCUGAAGCUGCUAUUUCCGUCGUGUAACGACUCUAUGAUCCUUGUUCUUGAUGAUCGGAUCGAUGUUUGGAAGGAAAAUGAAGGAAAUGUCUUUCUGAUUGAGCCAUAUCACUAUUUUAAAUGCACAUCCGAGAUUAAUAACGCAUCCGGGCAAGGAUUGGCAGGAGUAAAAGAUUCUGAGGCUGAAGACAGCGAGGACAGACAUCUUGCGCAAGCUGCCACAAUUCUUCAGCGAGUGCAUGAAAAAUUCUAUGCUGGGCAUGAAGAAGGAAUGCAAGGAACAACAGUUGAAGAGCAGUUGGCUAGCAAUAGUCGCGAUGCUAAGGCAAUUUUGAGCGCGCAAAAGCAUGCAAUCUUGCAAGGCUUGCAUAUCGUAUUUAGUGGAGUAUUCCCUAUUAUCGGCCCUCAAUGCUACGAGUCGCACUAUCUGUGGCGUCUCGCAGUGGAUUUGGGAGCCAUUCCCAGUAUGACGCUCACUAAUUUCCCAUUGACGCAUCUUGUGAUUCAUCCAGAGCGGUUAGGAACGCAAAAAUAUGUUCAGGCAAAAAAGAUUCCUGGGGUAUUCAUCGUAACCCCUGAUUGGAUUGUAAAAUGUGCUCGCUCAUGGUCUCGAGUCUCUGAGCAGGGUUUUCUUGCGGACAAGUGGAAGGUAAAGCACAUGAAAACGGAGACCGAGAAGUUGGCAGAUCAUACGAGCGUGACCAUCCCAAAAGGGGAAUUUCAGAGCGCUUCUUUCACAGACGCCAAUGAUAAUACCAACGGUGGUCAGCCUUCAUUAGCUAUUCGUACAAAUCCUGAUGGUCAAGAAAAGAAAAUUAUUAGCACUCUUUGUAAGGGAAAAGGGCAAGAUGCUAAACGGAGUAAGCAGGUUUCAUUUGCAAAUUUUAUGGACGACACUGCUCGAAGGCCUCGUAGCAGUGUUGGCCAUGCAACUGGUGUUGUGGCAUCUGGAGGGACAUUUGAUUUUUUGCUCAAAAUUAACGCGACAAAACGCGAACCAUGUGUUAGCGCGAAUACAAAGAAAGCUGAAGUAGCGAAAACUACACCUGUUUGUCCUGCAUAUCCACUUAAGGAUAUGGACGAUGCAUUUUUGCGACUUAUGGAGGCAGAGGAGCUUGAGUGCGAAAAAGAAAAAAGGCGCAAAAAAAUAUCGACAAAUGUCAAAGACCAGCUUGUCUAUCGACGAAUAAACGAACGUAAACGGUCUCUGGAAUCCGAAGCUACCAUUAAGCAGCCUGACGAAAAGCGAUUGAAAAGAGUGCUUUCGAAAACGCUUGACAAGGAACCUGGAAGCCUAGACGAGGAGGAGGAAGAGCUUGAUGACCUUGAAGCUGAUAUCCUCGGUAAUUUCUAA